GAAUUCCUCAGCUGAUGUACGGAUUAGCUGCAACGCAUCUGAUCAGUUACGAGGAAUUUGUGAUAGUGGGAUCAUCAAAGAUUCCAAUUUAUUUCCUAUACAAGGAAGACAAGGGAUCAAAGUACUGAGAGAGAAAUCAACAACUUGGGAAAAUAUUGUAUGCCAAAAUUAUCGAAAAGAGAAGUGUUGUUGUGUGACCUUAUUCUAGAGAUAUAUUUAUACAGUGAUCAACUUUUUAUGCGUUUUCUCGUGUAUUAAAGUGAUUUGCUGAGCAAAUAGCAAAGUUACAAUGUGAAGUUUCUGUGUGGUAAAUGGUAUUCAAAAAAUUAGUCACGAGAUUGAAUUGUUGACCAGACAAAAAGACGUGCUAAGUGACUUUUCUGUAAAUUGAGAGAUCCGGAAAAUUAAGCAAGUGCUAAUAGUAGUGUAAAGUCUAAAAAGAUUUGGGAGAAAUGGACGCGAGUCGCAAGGGACUGACAAUAUCUGUGAUAUUGUUGGGAACUGCUCUGUGUGCUGUGAUGCUGGCGUAUUUCGUCUUUGGCGACAGCAAUGACGCUGAAGGAUUGAGGACGCUGAGGAUGAUAGCGAUCCUCUUUCGACAUGGCGAUCGUUCUCCCACUGAGCUGUAUCCUAACGAUCCCCAUCAGAAUUAUCCAUGGCCAGGAGGACUAGGAGCCCUUUCAGAGAAAGGCUCCCUGCAAAUGUACAAUUUGGGAAAAAAUCUCCAUAUGAGAUACUAUCGAUUGCUACCACCAAAUGGUCUUUACUCCAAGGAUGACAUAUUUAUUGGGAGUAGUGCAGCCGAACGUUGCCUCAUGAGCGCUCAGAGUUUUAUGGCUGGCUUUAUGCCACCACUGGAAAGUCGAAAUCCCCUGCCAAUCUCUUGGCAACCAGUUGCAAUUCAUGCUCCACCACGAGACCGUGACUAUUUGUAUGCUCAGAAACAAUCAUGCCCAAAGUAUGAUGAAAUGCUGAGGAAGUUGUAUAUAAAUCCUCCUGUUGAUGUUCAGGAGAUUAAUCAGAAGAAUGCGGAAUUGUACAAAAGAUUGACCAAAGAAACAGGUCAAAAUGUAUCGACGAUACUUGAUGUUGAAUUUCUCUACAAUACUUUGGAAAUUGAGAAAAAUGCUGGACUGACACUUCCUGACUGGGCGGAGGGUGUUUUUCCGGAGAAGAUGCUACCACUGGCUGAACGGAGUCUGGCUUUAUUCACGGAGACGCCGUUCAUGAAGAAAAUCAAGGGUGGUUCCAUUGUAACUGAUAUUGUUGAUAAAAUGGUGAAGAAGCGCAGUGGAUUGCAGAAUCGCUCAAUUUUCGUCUAUUCAGCCCAUGAUAUCACCCUGGUUAACUUCAUGAAUGCCAUUGGGAUUAUCGCAGAGACAUCCAGGAAGCCCGAAUAUGCUGCAACAAUUGUCGUUGAGCUUCAUCACAGUGUCAUUUACGAAGAUGACUUCGAAGUGAAGAUUGUCUACUACUUCAAUAGCGAAGAUAAGUUUCCCAAGGAAAUCUCAAUCCCCAACUGUGAGUCUCCCUGUUCACUCACAGAUUUCACCAAAUCCAUGGAAUCCCUAAUUGUUCGCAAUUACAAUGAAAUCUGUCAAUUGCUCUAAUGAACAAAAAAAGAAGACUUCAGCGAAUUAAGGUAAGAAAAAGGACAAAUAAAAUCAGUAGAAAUUAAA